AUGUCUUAUCGUCGCCGCCAGCAUCGUAGCUGUGAUCAAUGUCGUAAAGGGAAGAGAGCAUGCGAUGCCCUGCUGGCUGACGAGCUUGAGGGAAAUGCCAACACUGGUGCUCAACAGGCAGACAAUCAUUCAUGCUCCAAUUGCAGAAAAUACAAAAGAAAAUGCACUUUCAACUGGCUCCUGGGCCAUACGGGAUACCGGCAUGGCCGUAGCAAGAGAGCCAGAAAUACUGCGAUCGCCCUCUCGCGGCAGGAGGACGAUCGUUCCGCUCGAUCCUCUCAACAAACCUCCAUUGCGCGCAAUCCUGCAGAGCUCCCUCUGCAAAACGUCGAGAAUUGCAAAUGGCCCACGUUUGUUAGGGAUCCGCUUUUGCUGUGGCCGCACGACGAGGGACUAAAUGCGGACUGGCUAACUUGGGAAUGCCUCAAUGACGCAGCGGUCGCCUCUCCUCUGAACGCCGGUAUGAUUCUCAAUCAGGAUAAGCAUGUCGAUCCUGACCAGAUACCACAAAUGAGUGCCCAGUGGGACUCUGCCGCGGCCGGCCAAGAUUGGCACAUUACCGAUCAAACUCCACAGCUCGGGACAAUGAGCAGUUCAUUAACUUCGUCGCAGUCCAAUGGUACACCCGACUGCCAGCCAUUUGAGACAUAUGAUAUCAGUUCUGAGCUCUCGCUCCAUGGCCUUCCGCCAACCGAAGUCCGUGCUGUGUCUAUGCCAACAAACACUGCACUGUGUGUGGGCUCAAGCCAAUUAGCACACAAUCAUGCGCACUCUAUGAUAACGCACAACCUAAUCCACAUAUAUAACGACAGUAUGGAAAAUGCAUUGAGCUGUUGGUUGACGGAGCGUAAUUGUCCCUACAGUAACCGGGAGUACGUUGACGCAAAAGGACCGAAGACAGGACCUUACACCACGAAUAGGAUCUACAGACGAGUUUGCCUCUUAGAUCAGGCAUACUCAUCCAUCCCCGAUCGACGUUUGACGAGUGUGGAGAGUAGAACAGCAACACAGACACUUCAUGCUGCCAUCAUGGCGUUCGCUUCUCAGUGGCUAGAGGGGCCUUCGGCAGACGAACAUAUCCCAAUACCAUCUUCUUCGGCUCACCGCGAAAGUGGCAUGCGUGAGGUCUUCUGGAAUGAAGCGCGUCAUGCAUUGGAGAAAUCGAGAGCAAUUCCAUCGUUCCGCGUAGCGUUCGCCAAUAUAUUGUUUUCGCUGGCUCAACGUCCCCGACACGUUGAAGAAGAAAUGGAGCCCGACGAGCUCUUCGACCAUGACCCUGCCCCAAUGUAUCUCGAAACGGCGCUCCGGCAACUGUUUACUUUUCGCUCUCGAUUGAUCAAACUUCGGCGGCAAGGUUCCAACAGAGCGCUCGAGCAAUGCUGCAAGGAGAACAAAUGUGAUGAUGUAUACCGUACAGGACAAAGAACCCAUCCGUCAGGCCAGGUCGACUUGAUGCUGAAGGACUCUGAAGCCCAACACACUUUCAAUCUUCUAUUCUGGCUGGGCAUCAUGUUUGAUACGUUGACGUCGGUCAUAUAUCAACGCCCCACUGUCAUUUCCGAUGAGGACAGUCAGAUCAUACCCUCCCGGUCGCGCUUCUGCUCGUCUCCGGGCGCCGUUGAUCUGGAUGGAUUGGAUAUUAGCUCCUAUUCCGUUAGCAGACGUGAAGAGAGUGUAUGGGGCGAUCAUUUUCUUCGCAAACGCAACACGCUGCACAAGCUCAACCAGACCCGCUGGCCUUGCUCUUACAGAGAGGCAGCGGAAGUCUUAUCCGACGCCGCGCCAGUAAAGGUCCUUCUAUUCCGUCGCAUAAAUCAUAUCAAUACCCUUGUAUAUCGGGGAUGCGAGGCGGAAACUAUUGAGGAAGCAAUCCACAGUGCUCUCUUGGUCUACGAGUACUGGAAUUCCACGUACAAGCAAUUUAUGCUAGACUGUCUAUCUCACCAUACAGAACUCCCGUCUCGCAUACAAUCAUGGUAUUUAGUGCUGGCCGGACAUUGGCAUCUUGCGGCGAUGUUGCUCGCAGAUACUGUUGAGGACAUAGAUCAAGCGCGACUUGGGCAAAGCUCCCAAGCCGAACAUCGGUGUACCACUGGCCUCAUCUCCCUCUUGAAGCACGAAAAUGCUUUCGCUGUUGGAGGGCUCGCUCGAUACUCUUACGACCUACAGGGCUCGUCGCACCCUAGACUCCGCGAUUUUCACGAUUCAGUCAAUCAAGCCGCAUCAUUGACGGAGCCAUGGACUGCUGUCCUUAUCCACUCUUUCAGAAAAGCAGGCACCAUCCUAAUCGGGGAAAUCGGCAUAUCACAAUGUGGCUACCAAAUGCAGCAAGACUCUUUCAGGCUAACGUGUCAGCGUUGCGAGCACUGUAUCAAGGCACUCCAGUGCCUGGGAAGAAAGUCAGAUAUGGCUCUGACCGCAGCUCAGAGUCUAUCAAACAGUCUCAACAGAGCGCUGUCGCGACGCAACACUAUCGAUCCAUACUACAUGUUCGCCCUUUGA